AUGGAAGGCAUCAAGGCGGCCUACGCCCGCGCAAAGAGUGAGGGCAGACCGGCGCUCGUCACAUACAUGACUGCAGGUUUUCCAACCAUUGCUGAGACGCCCGAUAUCAUGCUGUCCAUGGAAGCAGGCGGUGCAGACAUUAUCGAACUCGGCACGCCCUUCACAGACCCCAUCGCCGACGGGCCCACCAUUCAGACGGCAAACACAAUUUCCCUUGCAAAUGGCACAACUACAACAAUAUGUUUGAACAUGGUUCGUGAGGCACGGCGGCGGGGUUUGAAGGCCCCAGUUCUUCUCAUGGGCUACUACAACCCGCUGUUGGCGUACGGCGAAGAACGCAUGUUGCAAGACUCCAAGUCAGCUGGUGUCAAUGGCUUCAUCAUGGUCGAUCUGCCACCGGAGGAGGCUGUGCGCUUCCGAGGACACUGUACCAACUAUGGUCUGUCCUAUGUGCCAUUGAUUGCACCGGUGACCAGUGAGAAGCGCAUGAAAUUGCUGUGUGGGAUUGCAGACUCGAUGAUCUACGUCGUCUCUCGCAUGGGAGUCACUGGAGCGACUGGAGCAUUGAGCACGGGAUUGCCAGAUCUAUUGGACCGAGUGCACAAGUACUCUGGUGGAGUGGCGGCUGCGGUCGGUUUUGGUGUGAGCACACGAGAGCACUUUGUCGAAGUGGGCAAGGUCUCUGAGGGUGUUGUCAUUGGCAGUCAGAUCAUCACCACCCUGAAGAAUGCUCCUCAAGGAGAAGGCGCCAAGGCGGUAGAAGAAUACUGCCACAACAUCACCCUCCGACGCAACGAGCGCGUGUCCCCAAACAACGGCGAUUCCAACGGCGAUUCCAACGGACAUGGCAUCUCAACUGACGCAAACCCCAAUGGUGAUGGCAGCGGCYGGAUCACCCGAACAAACGAGGCUGCACCGGCACAGAUAUCCACUGCCGAUCCCACCAAGCGACCCGCCAGCGAGAGUGAUCCAAAGAACGGUAUCGUGCAUGUCGAUGGGGUUGUCAAGGCUGGCGAUGGACCAGGCCUAGCAGACCAGCUCGAGGCACUCAACACCGACGAGAAGGAUCCAGAGCUCAUUCCAUCCCGUUUUGGACAGUUUGGAGGCCAGUAUGUGCCAGAGUCGCUCAUGGACUGUCUGUCCGAGCUGGAGAAAGGCUUCAGUGCUGCGUGCAACGACCCAACCUUCUGGGAGGAGUUCCGCUCAUACUACCCAUACAUGAGCAGACCUUCCUCUCUCCACAAAGCCGAGCGACUAACAGACAACACACGCAAGGCCGCCAAGCCGGGAUUCGGCGCCAACAUCUACUUGAAGCGCGAGGAUCUCAACCACACCGGUUCACACAAAAUCAACAAUGCCAUCGGCCAAGCUUUGAUCGCAAAGCGUUUGGGCAAGAAUGAAAUCAUUGCAGAGACUGGUGCCGGACAGCACGGUGUAGCGACUGCAACCGUCUGUGCGAGAYUCGGCAUGAAGUGCACAGUCUACAUGGGAGCAGAGGAUGUUCGCAGACAGGCGUUGAACGUUUUCCGCAUGAAGCUUCUCGGUGCGACGGUUGUGGCUGUCGAAUCCGGAUCACGCACACUCCGAGACGCCGUCAACGAGGCAAUGCGCAAGUGGGUGGAGAGAUUGGACACUACACACUACAUCAUCGGAUCUGCAAUUGGUCCUCACCCCUUCCCUACCAUUGUGCGAACAUUCCAGAGCGUCAUCGGACAGGAGACGAAGCGGCAGAUGCAGGACUUGACAGGCAGGCUCCCAGACGCUGUGAUUGCUUGCGUUGGAGGUGGCAGCAACGCAUCCGGCAUGUUCUCCCCAUUCGCAGAGGAUCCAAGCGUCAAGCUUUUGGGCGUAGAAGCUGGUGGUGACGGUAUCGAGACARGCAGACAUAGUGCUACUCUUUCGGGCGGCAAGCCAGGUGUGCUCCACGGCGUGCGGACGUACAUUCUGCAAGACGCACAGGGUCAAAUCACCGACACGCAUUCCGUUUCCGCAGGUUUGGAUUACCCAGGUGUGGGUCCCGAGCUCGCAGGAUGGAAGGACAGCGCUCGCGCCACCUUCAUCGCGGCCACCGACUCCGAGGCCUUUAUCGGUUUCCGACUGCUCUCCGAAUUGGAGGGCAUCAUUCCCGCGCUCGAGUCGAGUCACGCCAUCUUUGGUGCCGUUGAGCUCGCCAAGACGCUGRAAGAGGAUGAGAACAUCGUCAUCUGUCUCUCGGGUAGAGGAGACAAGGAUGUCGAGGAGGUUGCCCAGGAGCUGCCGAGAAUCGGUCCAAAGAUUGGAUGGGAUCUCCGGUUCUAA